CUGACUUUUGUACUGCAACCGUAACUGAGAAUUUUCUCACUUGUUUUCAAAAGUUCCUGUCUUUUCUUUUAUUCUCAUUCGUUACGGAGUCGAAAUAAAUUCAUUGUGCAAAUUCAUUUUCGUUUCAACGGUAAAAAGCUUUCCUAAAUGGCUCUUAGAAGUCUUAAAAAUCUGAAUCUGCAAAAUUUGGAAAAUACGGAAUCAUUCAGAACUUUGCAAAGAAAACUGAAAGAAGACAAAUGGUACGGUCGAGUAUUAGAUUACACAGAAGAAUCAACAAAAGUAGAUCGAGUUUAUUUAGCAACAGUAACCGUCUUUGUUCUAUUGGCAUCUUUGGUGAUAAACUAUGGACUUGAGUUGAUCUGUGGGUCAGUCGGAUUUUUAUAUCCUGCUUACAAAACGAUUGCUUCCUUAGAAAAGGCUGACAAUGAAUCUGCGAGAAGAUGGUUGACAUACUGGCUUGUGUUUGCUGCUUUUAACUUCUUGCAAAUCUUUUUGUUCUUCUUAUAUUGGCUUCCUGGAUACUGGCUAAUUAAGUGUUUAUUUUAUUAUUGGUGUUAUGCACCUAUAUCGAGGAACGGAUCUGAACUAAUUUAUAGCUACUUGAUUCAACCGAUUUUUAGAAGAAACCAGCAAGCAAUUGAUGAUGCCUUGAACAAUAUUGCUAAAACAGCUCAUACAAUUUACACUGAAUCGGAUGGCAAUGGACAUUUCACAAAUGCACCUGAAUCUACAACGCAGGGAUAAUCUUGUGUGUCAAAGAUAUAGCAUUCUUAAAAAUUAUUACAAUACAUUUCAUAGUUCAUGUUAAUUAAAAAUGCAGCUUCUGUUAAUAAAUGUAUUUUAUUCUCAUUAGAAUAGUUUGAAAUCAAUACUUAUGACUCAGUAUAUGGAGCAACAA